CCUCUGCGGUUCUUGCGGACCCCGCUGCGGCGGCUCCCGGAGACCCCGAGCUGCGGCGCCGGGCAUGCCCUCCUCUGUGAAGGCGUUGGGUCAGGCCCGGCCGUCGGGUGCCGGCAUGGCCCCCCAGACCCGCUGCUGCUCCCGGGCAGCGGUGCAGAGGCGGCUGCCCAUCCUGGCCUGGCUGCCCGACUACUCGCUGCGGUGGCUGAAGAUGGACUUGGUCGCCGGCCUCUCGGUCGGACUCACCGUCGUUCCCCAGGCGCUGGCCUACGCGGAGGUGGCUGGACUCCCGCCCCAGUACGGCCUCUACUCUGCCUUCAUGGGAUGCUUCGUGUAUUUCUUCUUGGGCACCUCCCGGGAUGUGACGCUGGGCCCCACGGCCAUCAUGUCCCUUCUGGUCUCCUUCUACACUUUCCGCGAGCCCGCCUACGCUGUGCUGCUCGCCUUCCUGUCCGGCUGCAUCCAGCUAGCCAUGGGCUUCCUGCACUUGGGCUUCCUGCUGGACUUCAUCUCCUACCCCGUCAUCAAAGGCUUCACCUCCGCUGCCACUGUCACCAUCGGCUUCGGGCAGAUCAAGAACCUCCUGGGACUGCAGGAUAUCCCGAGGCAGUUUUUCCUGCAAGUGUAUCAGACGUUCCGCAAGGUCGGAGAGAUCAGGGUUGGGGAUGCCGUGCUGGGGCUGGUGUGCGUGCUCCUGCUGCUGGUGCUGAAGCUGAUGCGGGACCACGUGCCCCCCGUGCACCCCGAGAUGCCCCCGGGCGUGCGGCUCAGCCACGGGCUGGUUUGGACGGCCACCACAGCCCGCAACGCGCUGGUGGUCUCCUUUGCCGCCCUGGUCGCGUACUCCUUUGAGGUGACCGGAUACCAGCCUUUCAUUCUAACGGGGCAGACUGCCGAGGGGCUCCCUCCCGUCCGGAUUCCGCCCUUCUCUGUGACCACGGCCAACGGGACAGUUUCCUUCACCGAGAUGGUGCAGGACAUGGGGGCUGGGCUGGCCGUGGUGCCCCUCAUGGGUCUCCUGGAGAGCAUUGCGGUGGCCAAGUCCUUCGCUUCUCAAGGUGGUUACCGCGUCGACUCCAACCAGGAGCUGCUGGCCAUCGGCCUGACCAACGUGCUGGGCUCCCUCGUCUCUUCCUACCCGGUCACCGGCAGCUUUGGACGGACGGCUGUGAAUGCCCAGUCGGGGGUGUGCACCCCGGCAGGGGGCCUGGUGACAGGCGUCCUGGUGCUGCUGUCGCUGGACUACCUGACCUCGGUGUUCUGCUACAUCCCCAAGUCCGCGCUGGCGGCCGUCAUCAUCACGGCUGUGGCCCCCCUGUUCGACACCAGGGUCUUCGGGACGCUGUGGCGCGUGAAGAGGCUGGACUUGCUGCCCCUCUGUGUGACAUUCCUGUUCUGCUUCUGGGAGGUCCAGUACGGCAUCUUGGCUGGGACCCUGGUGUCUGUGCUGAUCCUGCUGCGCUCCGUGGCCAGACCCAAGAUGCAGGUGUCAGAGGGCCCGGUGCUGGUCCUGCAGCUGGCCAGCGGCCUGCAGUUCCCCGCAGUGGAGGCCCUCCGGGAGGCGAUCAUCACCCAGGCCCUGGAAGUGUCGCCCCCGCGCUCUGCCGUCCUGGAGUGCUCGCACGUCUGCGGCAUCGACUCCACCGUGGUGCUGGGGCUCGAGGAGCUGCUGCAGGACUUCCACAGGCGCGGCGUCACCCUUGCCCUGGUCGGCCUGCAGGUUCCUGUCCUCCGUGUCCUGCUGUCCGCUGACCUGAAGGGUGUCCAGUACUUCUCCACCCUGGAAGAGGCAGAGAAGAGCCUGCUGCAAGAGCCAGGGACCCAGCCGUACAACGUUGGCGAGGACUCCGUUCCGGAGCACAAGGUCGCCCUGCUGAAGGCCUGAGGGGGAGCUGGUGCCCAUCUGAUGCCUGGGGAGUCUCGCAGAAGGUUCUGGGUGCUGUGAUGCCAGAUGCCGCCCUAUGAACGCCUCGGUCCGGGCUCUGCACAGGUGACCCCCGGGGGAGGAGGGAGCCACGCAUUGGGAUGCAUGGUGGGACUCGCGCGCUUCAUCCGGGGUGACUGGAAAGUCGUCUCUCUCUGCUCCUGGGCGUCAACCUUUUCCUGAAAGACAGUUUGCAAAGAGCCUUCUGGAAUGACUGACCCAGUGAAGCGGGGCAGGAUUUCCACCUGGUUGGGGGGCCGGGUCUUCACACCCCAGCCCCUUCCCAGUUCCGGGGCGGCGGGGUCGGGCAGCUCCGAGGCGGGUUCCAGUCUGGGUGGUGGCAUCUGCGCUGUUCUGGGGAAGGAAACCGAGAUGUGCCGAAUGACUGAACGUGUCUGUGAAAAGGAAUUUUGUUGUCGGUGUUUUUUAAAUUAAAAAAGCAAGAGCUUUGUUGUUUUUGUUAAAACCGUAAAUGCUUAUUGUAAAAUGUACUGGAAACCACCCCCCUGUCCACUUUGGUGGUCGCCCAGGCCCGUCCCCGCGGUGCGCGUGCUCAUCCGUGUCAGCGCGCGGGCGUGUGCUCCCAGCCGCGUGUGGACGGGGUCAUGGCGUACACGGUGCUCUGUGACCAGUUCCGCGCAGUCCUCUCUGUGAAUUACUCCUUGUGAUAAUAAAUAGAGAAUACGUGGUC